UUAAGUUAAAUUUGAUUUAUGCAUGAAUUAUUUCUUGAUUUGCUAUUAUGAAUGAAAUAUUAUGUGCAAUUAUUUAUUUAGGCAAGAAGAAAGAGACAGGAAGAAUUAGAGAGACAGCGAUGUGAAGAAGCUUUACAGAAAGCUCAGGAAAUGCAGAAACGUAGGGAAAUGCUCUUAAUGGUUGAUUUGGAAAGGGAACGUCGUAGACAGCAUAUGUUACUUGUCCGUGCUCUUGAAGCUAGGAAAAAACAAGAGGAGAGGGAAAGGAAACGGGAGGAAAUCCUCUACGAGAAACGUUUGAAUAAAGAAAAAAAACUGGAACAAAGAAGAUUAGAAUUACAAAUGAUAAGAGAAAUGAAAAAGCCUAUUGAAGAUAUGUGCUUGAAAGAUAAUAUUCCACUUCCCACUUUGAAUCGCAUUCCUGGUGUUAAAUUAGCAGGAAAAGCUUUUGCUGAUAUUAUGAUGGUAUUUGAAUUUCUUCACAACUUCGGUGAAACACUUGGUUUUGAUAUGGAAAAUCUUCCAACUUUAAAUACUUUACAAAUGGCCUUAUUAAAUCAUAGUGAAAAAACAGAAGAAGAAUUACUUUCUGUUAUUCAUCAUUUAUUAGUCUGUGUUAUUAGUGAUCCUGGAGUUCCACAUUGUCCAGAAGUAGCCAACUGUUUAAAUUUACCACAAAGGAAUAUGGUUUAUUUCAGCUGGAAUAAACAAUUUUAUAAGCAAGAAGUGGGAGUGCCAAUUGAAUCACCGUCAGGAUCCACUUAUAGAUUUAUGAAUCUCAGUGUCAAAGAGCAUUUCAAUGAAACUGGACAUCAGAUGGACAGGAGUACUAGAAACAAGAAAUUGGGAGAAUAUAGUUAA